AUGUCACGCACUAGACCGUGGGAGCGAAAGAGCGCUAAGCUCGGCGGUACACGCGUAGCGCUUUCGCCGUCGGUGUCACGGUGCUCGUCCUCCUCACCAUCACCAUCAAUAUCGCCGACGGUUUUGGCCUACGCGGGGUCGGCUCCGGUGUCUGGGUUGUUGCGACCGGCCAUGUUUCGCUAUCGAGGGCUAGGGGUCGAGGAAGACCAAGAGCAGCGGCGGCGACGACAACAACAACAGGAGAACUCGGAGGAGGAGGAGGAGGAGGAGGAGGAGGAGGAUCAGGAGGAAGAGACCGAGAAAGAAGAGCAAGAGGCCGAGGGGGAUAACGACCGGACAGCCCGAACGCUCGCAGACGAGGAGCGGUACUCGGAGGAUCGGGAGGACGAAAACGAUGGGGUGGCGGAUCCCCAUAGGUCCUACGCGGAAGAGGCUCACAACUACGAAACGGCGUUGCAACUCUGCCAGGACGGCGGCUCGCAAGGCGAGUCGAACCGCCGAGAGGGAGAGGAAGAAGCAGGCGCUGAACCGGGGCGGGGGACUUGGGAGAUUUGGCAAGAGGACGACGCCGGCCGUGCUGCAGGUGGCGUUCAUGAUCCUGGGCGCGAUCGCGGCCACGGCGCUGUCGGUGAAACUCGCGACGCAGAUGUAGCCGACGAUUACGACGAUUACGACGAAGAAGAAGACGAAGAAGACGACGACGACGACGACGAAGACUAUGAAGAAGACGACAAAGACUAUGAAGACAAAGACUAUGAAGAAGAAGCAGAAGAAGCAGAAGAAGAAGAAGAAGAAGAAGAAGAAGAAUUAGAAGAAGAAUUAGAAGAAGACGACGACGACGACCUCGAGCCUCGAGGACGAGGCCCCACCGAAGAGGCCCUUGCGGCUGCGCGCGACGAGGCCUCCGCGUUCAUGGCCUACUUCCCGCCGGAGAUAGAGGACUCGGUGAUCGCCAUGACCAACCUGGAAGCGGACAGGCGCAGGCCCGCCAUCGACGGGUGGAAGCCCAUGGGCCCCGUCGAGUUCCGGGCCUACGUGGGGCUGCUCGUGCUCGCCGGCGUGUACAGGUCCCGGGGAGAGGCCUGCGAGAGCCUGUGGGACGCCGAGAGCGGCAGGUCCGUGUUCAGGGCCGCGAUGCCGCUCAAGACCUUUCGAGCCUACUCGAGCGCGCUGCGCUUCGACGACAGAGAGGCCAGACGAGCCGUGCGAGGCGAGGGCUGCGGCGGCGGCCACGGCUACGACAAACUGGCCCCCAUCAGAGCCGUGUGGGACGAGUGGUGCGCGAGGCUGCCCGCCAUGUACCGACCGGGACCGGAGGUCACCGUCGACGAGAGACUGGUGCCGUUCAGAGGAAGGUGUCCGUUCAGACAGUACAUGCCCAGCAAACCGGCCAGGUACGGGAUCAAGAUAUGGGUGGCGUGCGACGCGCGCUCCAGCUACGCGUGGAAGAUGCAAGUGUACACCGGCAAGCCCGACAAGCGCGGCCCUCCCGAAAAGCACCUGGCCGCUCGAGUGGUCUUGGACCUCACCGAGGGAUUGCCGCCGGGACGCAACGUCACGUGCGACAACUUUUUCACCUCGCGCGAGCUCGCCGACAGGCUCUUUCGCGAAAGAGGCCACACGGUGCUGGGCACCCUGCGAGCGAACAGACCCGAGAUCCCCAGGGAGCUGCGCUGCGUCAAGGGCAGGGCCGUGGGCUCCGUGGAAUCCGUAGUACUCGCCGGCUCCGCGGCACGAGGAGAGGGAGGAGGAGGAGGAGGAGGAGGAGGAGGAGGAGGAGGAGGGCCAGACACGAUCAUCCUCUCCUACGUGGCCAAAAAGAACAAGAACGUGCUGCUCCUCACCACCGCUCCUCGCUACCACCGCCGCUCCGGCCCCGAGCCCCGGCCUAGCCGCCGCCGCAGCGGCAACGGCAAAAGCAACGGCGACGGCAAACCUCCCUUGGUGCUGCAUUACAACCGCACCAAGGGAGGCGUCGACAACCUGGACAAGGUCGUGAGCACGUACAGCUGCAGGAGAAAGACCUGCAGGUGGCCCGUGGCCCUUUUCCACAACAUGGUGGACGUGGCGGCCUACAACGCGUUCGUGCUCUGGAGGGAAAUUCACCCCGACUGGAUGGCGGGCAAGCUCAACAGACGAAGGCUCUUCCUCGAGCGGCUGGGCAAAGCGCUCGCGCGCCCCAUGAUCGAAGCCAGGGCGUUAGCGCGAGGAGGAGGAGGAGGAGGAGGAGGAGGAGGAGGCCGAGUCGCGGCCCGAAGGCGAAGGUGCCGCGUGUGUCCCAGGAGCAAAGACGUCAAGACCAAGAUCCUGUGCCGCGAGUGCCGAGCGCACGUGUGCAUCAACUGCGCCGUCCAGUACUGUCCCAACUGCGCCGCUUCACGCAACCCCACCCCACCCUAA